AUGAACAGCUUGGCACGCCUGAUCAAGGAAUGCGGCGCUUGCCAGGAUCUCCGCCAGGCGCAUUGGAUCCAAGCCCAGAUCCAGCGCGUGAAGAAGCAGCGCGAUAGAACCCUCCUCCUCAAUCACCUCAUCGAGCUCUAUGGGAAAUGCGGGAGCGUGGACGAUGCCCUCGCCGUGUUCCAGACGAUCGAGAAACCUAACGUCUUCUCCUGGAACAUUCUGGCGGCGGCAUUUGCCCAGAACGGCGAUCUUGAGCGCGCGAGGGAAGUUUUCAAUCGAAUGCCCGAGAGGAGCGUCGUGUCGUGGUCGCAGAUCACGAAUCUCUACGCUCAAAGCGGGGAUUUGGAUGAGACUUGGAGAUUGUUUCUUGCGAUGCCGGAUAGAACAGUCACGUCUUGGACUGCGCUCGUUGCGAUGUAUGCCCAGAACGGGUAUUUUGGAAUGGCGAAAGAAGUGUUCUAUAGGAUGCCCGAGAGGAACACCCUUGCUUGGAACGCGAUGAUCCAAGGACUGUCGCUCAAAGGCGAUGUUCUUGGCGCCAAGGAAGUGUUUGAUGCAAUGCCCGAGAGAGAUCUUGUGGCCUGGACAACGAUCGUCACAAGCUAUGCCCAAAACGGGCAUUUUCGCGAGGCGAUCCAUCUCUUCUCACACAUGCCCGAGCGCGAUCUCGUCUCCUGGAACGCGCUCAUCACCGCGCUGGCGCAAGGCGGAAGGCCCGACGAUGCACUCACGCUCUUCCAAUUGAUCCCGGUCAAGAACAUCACCGCGUGGAGUGCGAUCGUGGGAGCGAUCGCCCACAGUGGCGAUGUCGAGGGCGCCAAGCUCGCCUUCUCCGCCAUGCCCACCCGAGAUCUCGCCGCCUGGAACAUCCUCGUCCAGGGAUUCAUCGCCACCAGCGCCAUUGAGGCGGCGAUGGAGGUGUUCUCGCGGAUGCCGCAGCGCGACACCGUGCUCGCCACUGCCAUCGUCGCGAUCAAUGCCGAGAAUGGCCUCCUCGACGAGGCGACGCGCGCAUUCGAGGUGAUGCCCCAGCGCAACGUCGUCUCGUGGACGAUCCUGGCGGUGGGCGCCGCGGAAAUCGGCCGCGCUGCGACGGCGCGCGAGAUCUUCGCGAGAAUCCCCUGCUGGGACGCCGUGAUCUGGACCGCGAUGCUGGGCGCUCUCGCCCGAGGGGGCAAUCUCCACGAAUCGGAGCUCCUCUUCCACAGGAUGCCCGAGCGCGACGCAGUGGCAUGGAACGCGAUGAUGAAAGCCAUCGCUCGCAGCAGCGGCGAGGAGUCCUCGCGCCUCUUCGAUCUCUACGCGGCCAUGAAUCUCGAGGGCGAUGCCAAUCCCGAUGCGCUCACUUUCAACGCGAUCCUCACGGCCUGCAGCCACGCCGGGCGCGCGAUCGACCGGGGAUUCCACUACUUCGCGAUGAUGAUCGCCGAGCAUGGGAUCGCGCCUCUCGCGGAUCACUUCCAGUGCCUGAUCGAUGGGCUGUGCCGAUCGACCCACCUCGCGCGAGCGUACGAGCUUCUCACCACCAUGCCGCACCGAGCGGACAUGGUGUCGUGGACGAUCUUCCUGGCGGCGUGCCGCGUCUAUGGGGAGACCGAUUUGGCGGCGCUGGCGGCGCGCUGCGCAGUGGAGCUCUCCCCGGAGGAAUCCUCGUCUUACGUGCUUCUCUUCAACACCUACAUCGAUUCGAUCGAUCGCGUGGGCGAUUGA